AUGUCCAAAGGCCAAACCCUAGGCUUCAUCGGAUGUGGAAACAUGGGCGGAGCCGUCCUAAACGGCAUCCUAACCUCCGCAUUCCCAGCCAACCAAGAAAACACCUCAACCACCAAACAACCAAUAACAACCUUCAAAGCCUGCACAAAGACCGCAUCCUCCGCAGAACGCCUCAAAUCAUCCAUUCCAAGCCACAAUGCCCACCAAGUAGAAAUUGUCUCGGGAGAAAACGUCCAGACAAUGCGCGAUUCGGACGUUAUAAUCCUAGGCUGCAAACCAUUCAUGGCGGACGACGUCCUCAGCGAAAAUGGUGUGCGCGAAGCCCUGGCCGGCAAAUUGGUUAUCAGCAUGCUUGCCGGACAAAGUGCUAACAAUCUUCUCUCGAUCAUCCAGAGCUCUGGAGCUUCAACUGCAACUAGAUCAGAAGGCGAAAGCCAGAAGUUGCCCGACCCAGUAAUAAUGAAAGCAAUCCCAAACAUGGGCGCCGAAUACGGCGAAUCAAUGACAAUCCUCGAAGAAUCACCAAACACACCAGCGCCAAUGAUCGAAAUCACAGAAUGGAUCUUCAAUCAGGUUGGAAAGAUAAAAUAUCUCCCCGUCAACCAGACAGGGCUAGCAACCGUGCUUGUGGGCGCAUCGAUUGCGGCACUGACGCUCCCCAUUGAGGGAUUGCUAGAUGGGUGUGUGGCAGAGGGGUUAAAACGGGGUGAUGCGAUGGAGAUUGUGUUACAGGGGAUUCGGGGAUUGACUGCUUCGCUUGAGGCCGGGACGCAUCCUGCUGUGCUGCGGGAGAGCAUUUCUAGUCCUAGGGGUUGUACGAUUCAGGCGCUUUUGGCGCUUGAGCGGGCGGGUGCUAGGAGUCAUUAUGCGGAUGCUAUUGUGCAGGGGAAUGAGCAUUUGAGGGAGAAGAUGUGA